GCCUCGCCUCCCCGGGGGGACUCCUGCAGCGGCCCUCGCCUCGCCCGGCUCCAUGAACAGCUGCGUCUGGCCGCGGCCACCAUGGCUCCGAUCGCCGCGUACCUCAGCCCGGCCGCCGUCCUGGUGCUGGUCAGCUGCGACCUGUGCCUCGUGCGCGCAAAUAGGCCUCCAUCCCCCGUCAAUGUAACUGUCACCCAGCUCAAAGCAAAUUCUGCAACCGUCUCCUGGGAUGUCCCUGAGGGAGAUGUCAUUAUUGGCUAUGCCAUCUCACAGCAGCGGCAAGACGGACAGAUGCAGAGAUUCAUCCGAGAGGUAAACACCACGAACCGGGCCUGUGUGCUGUGGGAUCUGGCGGAGGAUGCAGACUACAUCAUCCAAGUGCAGAGCGUCGGUCUCUAUGGAGAAAGCCAAGCCAGCAAGAGAGUCCAUUUCCGCACCCUGAAGCAGAGUGAUCGCCUCCCGUCCAACAGCUCCAACCAGGGAGACAUCACUGUGGAAGGGUUGGACAAGGAGCGACAGCUGCAGACAGGGGAGAUUAUCAUCAUAGUGGUCGUGUUGCUCAUGUGGGCAGCGGUCAUUGCGCUCUUUUGCAAGCAAUAUGACAUCAUCAAGGACAAUGAUUCCAACAACAACAAGGAGAAGACCAAGCCUUCAUCGGAACACAGCACUCCGGAGCGGCCGACAGGGGGCCUCCUGCGCAACAAGAAGAAAACGCCAUCUGUCAACAUCAUUGAAGUGUAGCUGUUACUGCAGGCCAAGAGCCUUCUAGGACUCUGGGACCUCACUGUGCACCUGGCCUGGCUUCCCACCUGCAUGCAAUGAAUUCAUGCUUCUUGCCCCCCACCGAGGGAAUCUGCAUGGAGCAGCUGGCACAGGGUGCAUGCAGAAGCCAGUCUCUAACCCCCUGCCCAACAGCCGCAGGAAACCCUGGCUUGUGCUGGGGCCACAAGGAGUAGCCACGAGAAUCCCAUGGAAAGAGUGGUGCCCAGAACCAUGGACAGCCAUGGCUUGAACGGUAUUGGUGUGGCCUUAUUUCCAGCUGGUGUGAGAGACCAGAGCUGCGAGCUGCAGGCUCUUCCACCCCCGACUCGGUGACUGGAUGGGAGCUGAAGGCGUGGCUUACCACUGGACUCUGACCCACAAGUUGUGACGUCCGUUUGGGCCACUGAAAAGAAGCAGCUGAGCAGUUGGCAGGAAAGCAAAUGACUUGUGUUAGGGUUCAUUUCAGUGUAGCAACUUGAUGAUGCCUGUCAGGGGAGGUGCAGGAAUGGAACACUUGGGGUGUGGUGUGUGUGUGUGGGGGGGUGUUGGAACUUUACCACGUCUGGCAGGCAGCUACUUCCAUCGGGGAAGCAAAGGGGCACAGGGUGAAGAUCUGGACACCUGAAACUGCCAUAUAGACUCAAACCAUUUGUCUGUCUAGGUCAGUAUUGUCAGCUCUGACUGGCGGCAGCUCUCUUGGGGCUCGGGCUGAGGUCUUUCGCAUCAUCGACAACCUGAUCCAUUUAACUGGAGAGGGUGAGGAUUGAACCAGAAACCUUCUGCAUGCAAAGCAGGUGGUCUGUCCUUGAGCCAUGGCCCCACCCUGCCCUACCCCACCCAUCUGCGCUAGUUAAAGUUGUCCUGCAAAAGCAAUUAAGCCCAGGAAGGAGCUAGAUCCAGUAACUCUGGAGGAAAAAUUUCCAUCUGUUUCCAGGUCCAACGGAAUAGGAAGAAAGGAUUGGUUUGUCCUGGCAUAGCUGUGGGCCAUAGCUGUUGUCCUGGCAUAGCUUCAGACCAGAGAACUCUUUCCCCCUUCCUCUCCUUCAGCAAUAAGAGUUCACCAGGACUAUAAGAAGCUGCUACCUCCCUGCUGCCAAAAACAACCCCCAAACAAAAAGCAGUCCCCAGUGAUCUCUCUUUUGUGCCAAAGGCUCUGGUUGGUGGCGUCUCCUCCCCCAACAGCAUUCAGACCUCAACUUGGUAUUACAAGGGCCUUGGCCAUACCCUCUGCUUCAAGCCCUCAGCCACUCCUACUCCUGAGCCAGAAUUCAGGAAGCCUGUUCUACUCUCCACCAGCCAGAGGAGCAGCAACAUCUGGAGUGCCCCCUUGUCAAGCGUAACUGCCCAGGUUCCACCCCAACUGCUCCCCAACCAGCAUUCCCAGCCAUGACAAAGUGCCGCAGGAAGAACUGACAGUCACCCCUGCUCUUCCCCCACACACACUGCCAGCUGGAGCCUGGAGGCUGCUGGGCCACCCCCAUGGCACGUGCACCAGCAUCUACCGUCUUCCAGUAAUCUAGCUCUUCCAGCCCAGGGCCACAGCUCAGAGUGUUGCAUGGUGGGAUGGGAGGGAAAAGCACCAUCCAAGGACUGUGGGAGGAGUGGGCAGAUGAGCGCAGGGAGGGUGCAAGGGAGAGGCUGCAGCCAGGCUCUCCCAUGGCUUCCGCAGGGCACUGGCAGUGGGGUGAGAGGGGACGUUGAUACUGCUCAGUGAGGUCCUUUUCAAUAAAAGACUCUUCUGGCAAAGGCAA